AAAUUUUAAGAUAUCUGAAGAUAUAGAAAAAUACGCUGUGAAUCUUUGAUUUUCUAAAAUAAAUGUAUUAACGGUGCAUUUAAAAGUGUUUUGUAGUAGAGUAAUUAGUUUUAUUUUGUUUUUUUUGAAUAUUUAGAAUAUACAGGCUGUGUUUUACUUUAAUCAUGAAUAAAAGUGCUAUUAAAUCUAAACAUGUCCUUGCUACAGGUUUAAAGUUUUCAGUCCUAACUAGAAAGGAUGUGGAAAAAAUUGGUAUAUUUCCAAUUGUUACACCUUUAACCUUGGAUACACUCGGACACCCUAUAAUUGGGGGUAUAUACGAUACAAGACUAGGUCCGAGCGCCGACAAGCAUGAACCUUGCGGUACUUGUGGUAAAAACGCAUUUUUAUGUCCUGGACAUUUUGGGUACAUUGAUUUGGGGGUGCCUUGCGUCAAUCCAGUAUUCCAUAAGGUAAUUGCAACCAUUUUGAAAUGCUCUUGCUUAUCAUGCUACAGAUUUCAAUUAUCGAAGGAAAGUAGGGUAAAAGUUGAUAAAAUGGUUGAAGGAAUCAACAAAGAUAAUGAAGAUGAACUUUCGGUUGUUACUCAGUAUAUUUUAGAGGAAUCAAAACCCACAAAGUUUUGUAUUUUUUGUAAGAAUGCUAUUAAGAAGGUGCAAGUGCUUAAAAAUAAAAUUCUUUUGAUGUCUCGAAAGUUAGAUAGGGAGGGUGAUAACACGGAUAUAAAACCAAUAGAAUCGCAAUAUAUAAAUCCAGUUGUAUCAAAAAAAAUAUUACGUGAAAUUUGGAAAAAUGAGAAAGAUUUAAUAACAAUUAUUGUCAAUGUUUUAAAUAAUACUGAUACUGAAUUUCCCACUGAUGUAUUCUAUCUUGAAUUAAUACCGGUACCACCUGUGAAUGUGAGGCCUCUAAAUUAUUUAAAUGGAAGAGUACUGGAUAAUCCACAAAGCACAGUAUAUAAAAAUAUUAUUACCAACACUUUAAUAAUAAAUCAACUGAUUAAUAUUAUAAAAAGGGAAGGGAAUUCGGACUUUUUAAGCAGUUCUAAGGCCGCAGAACAGUAUUAUAAUGCGGCCAAAGGAGACACAGACCUUGAAAAAUUAACCAAUUGCUGGGAAGACUUACAGAAUGACGUAAACGAUUUACUGUCAAAAGAUACAAGUAGAGGAAAAGAUGGGAUUGGACUUAAAGAGAUCAUAGAAAAGAAGCAAGGUAUAAUUCGACAGCACAUGAUGGGUAAACGUGUCAACUUCGCGUCAAGGUCCGUUAUAACCCCCGAUCCCAACCUAGACGUAGACGAAGUGGGAAUCCCCGAAGUUUUUGCCAAAAAACUGUCAUAUCCCGUUCCCGUAACACCCUGGAACGUUGACCAUCUGCGUGAGUUAGUCAAAAACGGGCCCAACAAGUAUCCAGGGGCGGUUCUAGUGGAGAUGGAAAACGGAAAUAUCAAAAAAAUUGAUCCGGAAAACAAGAUACAACAAGAGGGUUUAUUGAAAAUACUACUUACACCUCACGACGAACGCAGGCCCGGAUUUCAAGGGGUUAAAAUAGUGCACAGGCAUUUGCAAAACGGCGACAUCUUACUACUAAACCGGCAACCCACUUUGCACAAACCAUCCAUCAUGGGCCACAGAGCCAGGAUAUUAAGGGGAGAGAAAACGUUGCGUUUGCAUUACGCGAAUUGUAAAAGUUAUAAUGCUGACUUUGACGGAGACGAGAUGAACGCGCAUUUUCCUCAAGAUGAAAUUGCAAGGAGCGAAGGUUAUAAUUUAACUGAAGUUUCGCAGCAGUACUUGGUACCAAAAGAUGGCACGCCAUUGAGCGGAUUGAUACAAGAUCAUAUAAUCGCAGGUGUCAGAUUAUCCUUGAGAGGCAGAUUUUUUUCAAAAUCGGAUUACCAACAACUGGUAUUUCAAGCACUCGAUCACAAAACCGACGAAAUUAAGUUAUUGAACCCGUCCAUUUUGAAACCCUCUGUUCUAUGGUCUGGAAAACAGAUUUUGUCCACGGUACUCAUCAAUAUUAUACCGAAAGAGUACGCUCCUAUUAAUUUAUUGGCUUCUUCAAAAAUUCCUGCUAAAGCUUGGCGACAAUCUAAGGAACGAAAGUGGAAAGCAGGCGGUACAAAUUUUCGAAACGAAAAUGAUAUGACCGAAGCUGAAGUUAUUAUAAGAAAUGGAGAAUUAUUAAAUGGUAUAUUGGAUAAGACUCAUUAUGGUGCCACACCGUAUGGCUUGGUGCAUUGUAUCUAUGAAUUGUAUGGCGGAAGAUAUGCUAUAAGAUUUCUAAGUGCCUUGGCAAAAUUGUUCACGAAUUUCCUUCAACAAGGAGGGUUUACACUGGGCGUUCAGGAUAUUCUUACCGUAACACAAGCGGAUAAGGCACGAAAAAAAUGCAUCAAAGGCUUGAGAAAAAACGGAAAAAACAUAAUCACUGAAGCCCUGAAUAUUCCCGAAGAUAGUAGCAUGACGGAAAUUGUAGAACGACUGGAAGAACGGUACUCGUUGGACUCCAAAUUCAGACAGAUUAUAGAUCGUUCAUACAAGACUUCGCUCGAUUCCUAUACCAAUUCUAUCAAUAAUUGUUGCCUGCCCACUGGAUUAAUACAGAAAUUCCCCGAUAAUAGUUUGCAAUUGAUGGUACAGUCGGGGGCUAAAGGUUCAACUGUCAAUACUAUGCAGAUAUCGUGUUUAUUGGGACAAAUUGAGUUGGAGGGUAAAAGACCUCCAGUUAUGAUAUCAGGAAAAUCUCUACCAAGCUUUCCACUUUUCGAAUUUGCGCCGAGAGCCGGAGGUUUUAUAGACGGUAGAUUUAUGACGGGCAUUCAACCGCAAGAGUUUUUCUUCCAUUGCAUGGCCGGCAGAGAAGGAUUGAUCGAUACGGCAGUAAAAACUAGUCGUAGUGGAUAUUUACAAAGGUGUCUUAUUAAGCAUCUUGAAGGUCUCUGCGUAGGGUACGAUCUAACGGUUCGAAACAGUGAUCAGAGAGUGGUUCAGUUUUUAUAUGGCGAAGACGGAAUGGAUAUCUUUAAAGUUCAAUUUUUAACUAAGAAACAUCUUAGUUUUUUACACAAUAAUAUCAGAUCGAUCGUUCAGAAAGAUUUACUGGAAAAAAUUAAGCUGGAUAAAGAUCUAGAGUUGAUAGCUGAGCAUCAGAAUAAAAUUAAAAAAUGGCUAGAAAACAACGAGGAACCGUCGAAGAACCACAGGAAAACUCCGUUUCUUUAUUUCUGUAAAAAAGUCGAUGGAACAUCAACAAGUAAAAAAAUAUCAAAGAACAAAAUAAUAAAAUAUUGGAGAAACAUGGAAGAAGAUGCAAAGAUGUCUUUAGAAAAAAUGAUCACAAGAUUUCCGGAUCCCGUAAAUUCAGUACUACAAUCGGAUCAUUAUUUCGGUUCGCUUAAUGAACGUUUAGAGAGCUUAAUGUCUUCGUUUAGUGAAGCAAAGAGGAAAAGCAUUAAAAGAGAAUUUGAAGACAUGUUUAAAUUGAAAGCGAUGCAGAGUAUAUGCGUUCCUGGUGAACCAGUUGGACUGUUAGCAGCUCAGUCUAUCGGUGAACCAUCGACUCAGAUGACUUUGAAUACUUUCCAUUUCGCUGGCAGAGGUGACAUGAACGUAACUCUGGGUAUUCCCAGACUCAGAGAAAUAUUGAUGAUGGCGUCUAAGAAUAUAAAAACGCCCUCUAUGGAAGUGCCCUUCAAAAAAGAUGUACCCAAUAUAAAAAGCCGAGCGUUAAGUCUCACAAAACGCUUGACAAAAGUUGUUGUCUCUGACGUUCUUGAAAAGAUUGACGUUACCAACAAGCUGGAAUUGCUGCCUUUAAGGCAGCACAAAUACACGAUAAAAUGCUUUAUUCUGCCGGACGAAUGCUACAAACAGAAUUAUUCUAUAUCAAUCAAAUCAAUUCUGCGUCACAUGAGAAAAACCUUUUUCAAGGAAAUGUUUUUGGCCAUAGCAAAAAUAUCCAAAAUCAAGUCCAAUCUAGUUAGCAUAGAGAAAAAUGCUAGUCGUGGACAAAACAAGAAUUCAAUGGAUAAUAGCGAUACGGAAGAAAACGAUAAAGAAGUUAGUGGGAAAACGAAAGCAUCGAACGAAGAAAAUAGUUCAGACGAAGAAGUUGAAGAUACGGAGGACGCAAAAUUAACGAAAAAACACGAAGAUCAACAGGAAGACCAAGAGCCUGAAAAUGAGGAAGAGCGCAUAUACGAAGAUGAUGAAAAGGAGAACUUGAUGGAAAAUAAUAACUUGGAGGAAGGUGCUGAAGAAAAAAAUAUUCAAUCUGUAUUGGAAAGUUAUUCUUUCGCUAAUUCCUACAAGGAGGAUAAAGCACAGCAUUUCUGUGAACUAACGUUUAGCUUGCCAAUGAGCUAUAAGAAGCUGGACUUAACCUCAAUCUUAACGGAAGUAGCCAACAAAAGCGUGAUAUGGGAAACUGCCAAUAUUAAAAGAGCAAUAUUGGACGUAAAGAAUGAAGAGUUAUUGCUGCGCACAGAUGGGAUAAACAUUGUUGAAAUGUUCAAAUAUCCCGAUUUGUUGGAUUUAAACAGAUUAUACUGCAAUGAUAUCCAUAAAAUGGCACAAACUUACGGUAUCGAGGCUGCCUUAAAAAUCAUCGUCAGAGAAGUAAAGGAUGUGUUCAACGUAUAUGGUAUUAAGGUGGAUCCACGUCAUCUGUCACUAAUUGCGGAUUAUAUGACGUCUAACGGCAUAUUCGAGCCAUUAAGCAGAAAAGGCAUGGAAAAUGGUUCAUCUCCUUUGCAACAGAUGUCCUUUGAAGCGUCACUGGGAUUUUUAAAAAAUGCUGCCAUGAAAGGCGAAAACGAUGCCCUUGCCACACCAUCGAGCUGUCUAAUGCUGGGAAAGCCGUGCAACACUGGAACGGGACUCUUUACUGUCAUGCAGAAAAUGCCAUCUUUAGUUGUUUGAGCUUUUUUUUUAUUAGAUAUGAUUCAAAUAAAUCUUGUUUCUAUUUU